AGGCCACGUGGUGGGUUGAAAUCUCCGAGAGCUCCAGUUGCAAGCUAUUACAGCAGGCUUUGAGAGUGGAGAAAAUAAAAGGGGAUGGGCAGUUUUAACGCCAUGCAGCGCUAUUCUCCAGCAAGCCUCGCUUUAUGCGACGCAAGAGUGACGCCAUUUCAUCUCUCGCCGGCUCCUGCAAGCAUCGCGAAAAGGGCCUGAACGUUGACUUUACAUUACUAAAAUGGUAAAAAUCUUUGUCGGUAACCUCUCGCCGAACACUACGGCGGAGGAGAUCCGCUCCCUCUUCUCUCAGUAUGGCAAAAUAUCUGAGUGUGACAUUGUGAAAAACUUUGGCUUUGUGCACAUGGAUGACAAAGCCGAGGCAGAUGAAGCCAUUAGAAAUCUUCACCACUACGUGUUGAACGGUUUGGCGAUGAAUGUGGAGAUGAGCAAAGGGAAGCCCAAGACCUCUACAAAACUUCACGUCGGAAACAUCAGCAGUAGUUGCACCAACCAAGAGCUGAGGGCCAAGUUUGAGGAGUAUGGACCUGUGGUUGAGUGUGACAUAGUUAAAGACUAUGCGUUUGUUCAUAUGGAGCGAGUGGAAGAUGCUAUGGAGGCCAUCAGUGGCUUGGACAACACGGCCUUUCAAGGCAAACUGAUGAGCGUGAAGCUUUCGACUAGCCGCCUGCGUACCGCGCCGGGAAUGGGAGAGAGAACGGGUUGUUAUCGGUGCGGGCAGGAAGGCCACUGGUCCAAAGAAUGCCCAAUGGACCAGAACGGCUCCUACAGAGAGGGCCCAGGCUCGGCAGGAUAUGGGCCCCUCAGGUUCGGUACGGGUGGCGAACGUGGUGGCCGGGGGUUUCACCGCGGCUACAGUGGCGAGCCGGCCUUUGGUGGCAACUUUUCACACGGCUUCUCCAGGGGAACAGGGUACGCCGUCCCAGGGUAUGGAAGGGGCGCGGGUUUCGAGAGCGCAGUGAGUUACGGUAUGCCCGCGGGCUACGGCAUUGGCGCGGAUAAUAGCAUGGCCCCCGCGUACGGCAGUGAGGCUGCGUAUGGGAGCAGUGGCGUGGCCUAUGGCGGUGCGAUGCCUGCGUACCCAAUGCGGCGACCGCCCUUUGAGGAAAGAGAUCCGUACGGUGUGGUGGACUUCUACGAGAAAUAUCGGGCACGUCCGUACGGAGCAAGUUAUUUCGAAGAUAGACGCGCGGUUCCACCUCCUGUCCCUCCUCCCCCAUCCUCCUCGGCGGUCGCGAGAGAGCGCCUGUCCUCCUCUAACCAUGACCCAUAUGAGCACCAUCCCCUUCCCCCUCCUCCGGCUCCCACUUCUUCAUACUACGUCCGCGAGCGGAGCCCGAUCCGGCGAGCUCCCAUAGAGGCGGAGGGAUACGCGUACGAACGGUCGCGCCUCUCUCCCGUCUCUUCGGUUCCCAGGAGCACUGCGUAUGACGUACCGCGGGAUCCAUAUGCCGCUACGCGCUAUGCUUACUAGCCUAAUACCUGUGUGCACUCAGGUGAGAUCUUUCUAGGAUUACAAAAGGUUAGAGCUAAGUUUGGUCAAACGGAAAGCAGGGCGAUUAUUAUUAAAGGGAUAUUGGUUCCUCUCCAAUAACUGAAAAUUCUGGCAUCAUUUGCUCAACUUCUUUUGUGGUUCAUAGGGUAAAAAGUCAGAGGUUUGGAACAGCAUGAGGGUGAGUUAAUGAUGACAGACUUCUCAUUUUUGGGUGAACUAUGCCUUAUAGUUCUGUCUUUUACACGGCAGUGAAGUGUUGUUAACAAUGUUUGAUUUCAUGUCGUUGUUACUUCCUAUUACCUAAAAAAGAAAAAAAAGUGUCUUAUCACAAUUCAUGUUGUCUGUUUUGGGCACAUAAAAACUGAAUGACUGCCUGAUUUUAUUAAAAUCUUUUCUUUUUUGCAGGUGUUUCUUGGUUGGUCAUGGAUCAUUUUAGAGGUUGUGAUGCAUCCUGUUUUGCCUGGGUCAAGGACAGUACAGAUGACCCACUUCCUGGCACUAAACUCCUUUUGUUGUCUUAACAAACUUGAUGUAGCUGUUUUUUUUUAUUAUUAUUAUUAUUAUUUGAUUGUCAAUACAAAUGUGUACAUAUUUUCUUCUCGUUAAUAAAAGUUUAAACAAAAUCUA